UGCUAAAGAAAUGGACGUUGGGUCAGUUUUUAGGUUUUGCGAAUUUUGUUUAUAUCUCCGACAAUCGCGCUCGUAAACUUUUGUAAUCACUUUUAAAAUCGUUCCUUUUGCACAAGGAUGUAGUGCGUGCAUUUAGAAAUGUGUUUAUUCGUGUGAAUUAAGUGUUUUCGUUUGGCUUACUGAACACCAUUUGCUGCUAUUACAAUUGAUUAGUUAGUAUAUGUGUACAGUAAUUUUCUCAAGCGUUUUAUUGUUUUAAAAUCGAAAAUUUGUUGGUAAUAUUAAGUUUAAUUGACUUUCUAGUGUAAAAUAAUCGUUUAAGUGUUAGGUUUAAACUUGUUGGAGUGGUUAAAAUAGGUUUUUUUCGUUAAAAGGGAAGAUGGUUUCUUUCCUUUAGUGACCAAUAUAUACAAGUUAUGGCACUCUGUGAAAGUCAAUUGGACUCAGUGAUGCAGAUAAACGGUGGUGAAUCUACGGGUGACGAGCAGACGACCCCCGACAAGAAGAUGGAGACCAAUGGAGAUAUUUACGUGCCUCCGCUGCCCCUCAGUGUGGACUUCCGUUCCCCGGUGUCGCAUUUCGUGCCGCCAGCUGUCGAGCUGUACGCCGCUAGACACACCAAGCCCGAGGCACAUGUUGCUCCGGCGACCAGCGAAACCCCCCCUCCUGUCAAACGGAAGAGGGGUAGGCCCCGGGUCGAUAAAACGAGUCCAGAGUACCUCGCGAAUUUGGCGGCGAGAAAACAGGCCAAAGAAAUGGCUGCGGUGAUAAACAGCCACGGAGAGUCGGGUGAGAAGCGCAAGCGAGGCCGGCCGAGAGUGGACAAGACCAGCCCGGAGUAUCUAGCCAGGAAGCGGGCUAGGGAACUCGAAGCAUUGGAGAAGAAGGCGAAACGGGAAUAUAGGAGGCGAACCACCGGUGGGAAAAUCGUGAAAAACAGUAUGGCGGAACGUACGCGGAAAAAAAUUCAAACCAAGAACAAAAUUUCAACGAACACGAAAAAAGUUUUGAGAAAAAUACCAAUGAAAUCUGCGCGGAACGCAGAUAAAAAAAUGAUUAUUCGACGAAAUUCAAAAUUUCUAAAGAGGAAAGAUUCAGCGGCGUCGUCGUCGGCGGGUGAGUCGACGCCGCGCGUCAAACGCAAGUACACAAAACGGACGCCCAGUACUAAGAAAGACGCGAUGCCGUCGGGCGAGCGCGUGAAAGGCAAGCGUGGGCGGCCGCGCAAGAUCGACCCCUCCAAGCAGCCGCAGCAACCACGCAUCCGCGUCAGAAGCAACCUGAUGCCGUCGUGUUCGGAGUUGAUAUCUCUAGAUAGCGACGACGAGCCAGAUUUGGGAUCGCCGGGCCAGGCGUCAGAUUCGCUGAGUUUCGACGAGAACCUGCGAGCACUGCGGCAUAUACACGAGAAAUAUGCCAAUAUCGAUAAGGAUGACCUAUACGAGGCGCAUCUUCUCGCGGCGAACUUCAAGAAACCCCCCAUGGACCAAGUGCAGAGACUAGCCAGAGAAGAGGACGAGGUGUUAUCCAUACGAAGUUCUGAAGAUGGCGCCUCUGUCAAGGAGUUAAACACGAGAGUCGAGAAAUUGGAAGAUUCCUCCAAUUCCGACUCCGAGAGCAGUAGUUCAGGAUCUGGCAGUUCGAGCUCGUCGUCCAGCUCGUCGUCCAGCUCCAGCAGCUCGAGCUCGUCCGACAGCUCGGACAGCGACAGCGACGCCGACAACGCCGCGGACAACGACAAACCGCCCAACAACACCACAGAGGAUGACAGAUCGUUCGGCGCGUGGUCGUACAGUCGGACGUCCGGCACGGUCACGGAGUCCGGCUCUGAGUCGGACCCGGAGCGGAACAGCACCGUGCCGGUCCCCGCCAACGACGACAUCAGCGAGUCAGAGAACGAGUCGGCCGACAAGAGCUUCCAGUGCCACAUAUGCCGGAAGUGGUACUCCACGCGUGUUACUCUCAAGAUCCACCGACGAGUGCACCAGAACAAGGGCGGCGGAAACUCGCGGUCGCGCGCGCGAUCCUCCGACCGGUACGAGUGCGACUGCUGCAACGAGACGUUCAACAGACGGGAGAAGCUGUGGGAACAUAAAGCGGAGGCGCACCGCGGGUCGAUGACGGUGCGGUGUGAGGUGUGCAAGAAGUGCUUCGAGGACGAUGCGGAGUUGGCGGCGCACGACAGCACACACACCGAUGACGAGCGGGCAGGUCGUUGCGGCGAAUGCGGCGCUGUGUUCGGUCGGUGGGAGGCGCUGCGGCGGCACCGCGCGGCGCACGGCCCGCCCACGCCGUCGCGCCUUCCGCACGCGUGCGCGCAGUGCGGCAAGCGCUUCUCGCACGCGCACUCGCUCACACGACACAUGCACAACCACGCCAAGCAGCUGUACCGCUGCGUCGUGUGUAAGGAGUCAUUCGCCCGGCCGGACCAGCUAGCGCAGCACCUCAACAGCCACCUCGCCAACUACAAGCGUCUCAAACAGUAGGCGAGACUGUCAUAGUUAGCUAAUGCAUAGUUUUAUACUGAUAGACAAUAUUCGCUGUAGGGUAGUGGACGACCGCCGGACGCAUACCCCGUGGUAUUACGAUGAAAGUCAAUUUGAACAUGCCUUGUAGUAACAUGUGUUAAACAGAUGUUGACAAAGAUUAAGUCAAGAAGAGAAGAAAGAAGGAUCAUGGAAGUAAGACUAGAAUUGAAACCGUGAGUAGUAGCUUUUGUAAGAGCGAAAGAGAUAAGUAUAUCUUUGCUAUCUUGUUUAUAAGGCUGUCUCAGUUUUGGAGUCCAAAAUAUUUUGGAGUUGAGUAAAUAGUUGUGCCUAUAAUAUAAAAAACAAAACUUGAGAUGUGUCAAGGGACACCCGGA